AUGUCUGACGUCGCCAACUCUACCUCGCCUGUCCAGGACAGCGCGCCCGCCAACGGCACCCAGAUCGACACCAACGUCGGCGCUACCCAGGGCGAGGCCCCCACCCCCACCACUGCGCAACAGGCCCACCAGAACUCUGCUUCGCUCUAUGUCGGCGAGCUAGACCCCUCUGUCACCGAGGCCAUGCUCUUCGAGCUCUUCUCUUCGAUUGGCCAGGUCGCUUCCAUACGUGUUUGCCGCGACGCCGUUACCCGUCGCUCGCUCGGUUAUGCGUAUGUUAAUUACAACAGCUCUGAGGAUGGAGAAAAGGCCCUUGAGGAGCUGAACUACACUGUCAUCAAGGGAAAGCCAUGCCGCAUCAUGUGGUCGCAGCGUGACCCCGCUCUCCGCAAGACUGGCCAAGGUAACGUCUUUAUCAAGAACCUUGACCAUGCCAUUGACAACAAGGCGCUCCACGACACCUUCGCUGCCUUUGGCAACAUUCUCAGCUGCAAGGUCGCUCAGGACGAGCACGGCAACUCCAAGGGCUACGGAUUUGUCCACUACGAGACCGCCGAGGCUGCCAACAACGCCAUCAAGCAUGUUAAUGGUAUGCUGUUGAAUGAGAAGAAGGUCUUUGUCGGCCACCACAUUCCCAAAAAGGAGCGUAUGAGUAAGUUCGAGGAAAUGAAGGCCAACUUCACCAACAUCUACGUCAAGAACAUUGACCUGGAUGUUACCGACGAUGAGUUCCGUGAUCUCUUUGAGAAGCACGGUGAUAUCACUUCCGCCUCCAUCGCCCGCGAUGACCAGGGCAAGAGCCGUGGCUUUGGCUUUGUUAACUACAUCAAGCACGAAGCCGCCUCUGUCGCCGUCGAGACCCUCAACGACACCGAGUUCCACGGUCAGAAGCUCUAUGUCGGUCGUGCCCAGAAGAAGCACGAGCGUGAGGAGGAGCUUCGCAAGCAAUACGAGGCUGCCCGCCUUGAGAAGCAGUCCAAGUACCAGGGUGUCAACCUUUACAUCAAGAACCUGAACGAUGAUGUCGAUGACGAGAAGCUUCGGGACAUGUUCACUCCGUUUGGUACCAUCACAUCCGCCAAGGUCAUGCGUGAUGCCAUGCCUGCUGACCGCUCCGACUCGCCUUCUGACAAGAAGGAAGAGGAGAAAGAUGGCAAGGAGGAGUCCAAGGAGACGGAGGGUGAGGCCAAGGAGGACUCUACUGAUGACAAGAAGGAGGACACCAAGGCUGGUGAUAAGGUCACCAUCAAGGGCGAGAAGAAGAUCCUCGGCAAGAGCAAGGGCUUCGGCUUUGUUUGCUUUAGCAACCCUGAUGAGGCUACCAAAGCCGUCACUGAGAUGAACCAGAAGAUGCUCGAGGGAAAGCCUUUGUAUGUUGCUCUCGCUCAACGCAAGGAUGUCCGCAAGAACCAACUCGAGGCCACUAUUCAGGCCCGCAACCAGCUUCGCAUGCAACAGCAACAGCAGCAGCAGUUCGGUGGUAUUCCUCAGAUGUUCAUUGCCCCUGGCCAACAGCCUAUGAUGUUCCCUCCCGGUGGUCGAGGCCAGAUGCCCUUCCCCGCCGGUAUACCCGGCCAGCAAGGCGGCCGAGGUGCAGGUUUCCCCGGCGCUAUGCCUGGCCAGCAAGGCGGUCGUGGUGGACCCAAUGCCCAGCAGAUGCCUCCUAUGUACAUGCCACCCGGCAUGGCCCCUGGCGCAUUCCCUCCUUACAUGAACCCUCAGUACCUUCAGCUGGCUCAGGCUGCUCAGCAGGCUAUGGGUGGACGCGGCGGCCGCGGUGGCCCAAUGGCUCCCAUGCCCGGUAUGCCCCAAGGUCAGAUGGCUGGUGUUCCUGGUAUGCGCGGUGGCCAAGGAGGCUUCCCUCCCCAAGGUGCUGGUCGUGGAGCUCCACAGGGCCGCGGUCAGCCUCCUAUGCCUUUCCCUCAAGGCGGGCGUGGCGCUGGUGGUCCUGGCGGUGUUGACAUGGGUGCUCUCAGCUCUGCUCCCCCCGGUCAGCAAAAGCAAAUGCUUGGUGAAGCUCUCUACCCCAAGAUUCACGAGAUGCAGCCUGAGUUCGCCGGAAAGAUCACUGGUAUGCUCUUGGAGAUGGACAACAGCGAGUUGAUCAACCUGACUUCUGACGAGGCCGCUCUUCGCGCCAAGGUCGAAGAAGCCAUGAGCGUUUACGACGAAUACGUCAAGAACAAGGAGGGUGAGACUGAGAAGGAGGCCCCCAAGGACGAGGCCAAAGAAGAGAAGGCUUAA